CUUGAGGCCUCGAACUCAGUUAUACAAGAUACCACUGAAGUCUUCAAAAAUUCCAUCUCAAGUGUCAAUACCACCAUCACGAACGUGAAUAACAAAGUGCUCAAAUACAAUGGAGCGAUUAAGGGUAUCGAGAGUAUCAAGCCGAAUUCUGGAAGUGUCUUAGGGAAGAGGCAGAAUUCUGGUUCAAGUGAUUAUGAUUAUUCAACUGAAAGUAAUGGAAAUGAAAUAGCAAAAAAGAAGCAAGCCUGGAAAAAAGCUGAAAGAAUUACUGAUAACAAUAGUGAUGGUGAAGAGUUAGCCAAUACACUAGGUUAUGAUGGAUUAGCAUUUCUUUUCAAUGAUUCAAAUGAAGAUGCAAUUAUGGAAAAAAUCGACGAAAAUACUCUCGAGGAAGAAAGUAAAUUGCCACUAGCGAGUGACAACAAGUUUGAGAUUGCUUUUGAGGGGGUCUGUAGUUUACGGGAUCUUGGAGUUGUUAAAACAAAUAAGGAGAAACCCCUUAACCGAGACCAGAUUAGGGAUAAUAUAGAAAAGCUGAAAGGAAAAUUUAACAGAGAUACAAGCCCCCUCUAUCAACAUUUAUACUCCGGCGUGAGUGAGAUACGUGUCGAAGAAUUAUCCUGGGAAGACCCUAUGGCAAGCCAGGUUAUCAGUGACAAUUCAGAUCUCGUGAAGAAUCUUCCUGGGAACUUAAAAAAGGGAUUUAUGGAAUCCGAUGAAGACAUCGCAUGUGUCGUUCAAGAAAUUUUAAACGUUUUGAAAGAUGUUUGGAAUAAUCCGGCGUUUAAUUCUGAUCUCGCAAGAUCCGUAAAUGAAGAAACAUACCAAUCAACCGUCAUUGUAACUACAAUUCAGGCUGUUUUAAAAAAUCUUCCUACUGAAAACCCAUUUUUUGUUAGUACAUCAGAAAAGCAAAGCAUUUCCAGUGCGAAUAGAAAAGGAGGAAAUAAGGGAAGACGCCCGGAUAUUAUGUUCCUGGGAAAUUAUCUCGAAACGAUCUUCGAACUUAUGUAUAUCGAAUGUUCCCGCUUAUUUUGUACCCCACAAAAAAAGACGUAUGAUGAGAUAAAAUUGUGGCGGGAGGCAAAUGAUGGUCUUUGUUGGGUACGUCAGAGUCUCAACCCCGCUAAAGAACAGUUUGGUAUUGUAGGGGUACAAGUAGCGGGAAAUAUAUUACACUUGAACGCUCUUGUUCGGGAUAAAGUCAAUGUACCCAGAUAUUAUCAUCUUCAAUCUGCUGAAAUUCCU